AUGUUUGCACUACUCCCUGCAAGAGGACUCUUCUCUUCCAACAACAUCAACUGCUUGUUGUUGAUGAUUUGUUGGUUCUUGUUACUCGUCUUUGUUGCUACAAACGGUGUGGUUCAAUCCUCAUCCUCCUCAUCUUUAUGGAAUCAACCACAAUAUUUAGCAAAGAGGAUGACUCGAGACAUCACUGCCACAAUUAGAACACAUGUUGUUCAACCCUAUUCUUGGAAGACUCUUCAAUACAAGCACACAAAUUCUAAGAAGAGAAAAUACUACUAUGAUAUUUCCUUUUUCAAUGGCAAUUUUGACAAUGAUGUAUGGAAUGCCGCUCGUCUUUCUAACAAUGUUUACUAUGAAGACAAAAACUUUGAAAAGCCUUUUGAGUGGACAAUUAUUGAGGAUUAUAAAUCAGUAUCAGCAGUGUUUAGAAUUUACAAGCACAAGUAUCAAAACAAGUAUGCCAUUGCCUUUAGAGGAACUGAAACAUCUUGGGACUUGGUGGAUACAGUUUCGGACUGGUUCACCAAUGUUGAAGUUGUUCCAGUACCUACCCACCUUUGUCCUCCUAUUCUUAACGGUGAUUGUGCUUGGUUUCACUCUGGCUAUUAUUUGGAAUACAUGUCAUACAGAUCUGAAUUGAUAUCUAUCAUUCAAUCAGCGCUUCAAAGUGGUACCAAUCCACAACUCAUUGUUACAGGUCACUCACAAGGUGGAGGUUUGGCUCAGCUCUGUGCAGUGGAUCUUGCACUCGUAUUCAACAUUUCCACUUCACAAAUGAAGUUAAUUACAUUUGCAGCACCAGCACCUGGAUACUCCUUAUUCCAAUAUUUAGGACAGAGAUAUGUCAAUCAUCUUCGAAUUGUAUUGGGAUGCUAUUGUAAGGAUUUGUCAUGCAUAUAUCUAGAUAUGGUUGAGGGAAUAUUGACCUCCAACCACUUCGGUCAGUUGUUUGCACUUCGAUAUGAGUACGAUCCAUGGCCAUUAUAUACCACCCUCCACAGUCUAAAGAAUUACAUGGACCAUGUAAAUAUGAAAACUCCCUUGCAAGAAAUCAUCAGAAUGUUUGUUUUCAACUCCAUUAUCACUUCUCCUUAUCAACAGUUACUAGUCCAAGAUUCUGAUUGGUUUCGAUGUUCCAUGCAAGUGAGUAUCUUUUCAGUUUCGAACCCACAAAGAUCCUAUCUAGUAGCCAAUGGAAGUUGUGAUUAUCAAUAUACUUGGGUUACUUUUACCUCAGACAUCCCAUCAGGAACGUAUGAUAUUUAUGCAACAUUUACCAUUGGAUAUCUCAACCCUUUCACUAUUCGAGCAUAUCCCAACCAGAUUCAAGUCAACCUGACCACAUCGACAUCUAUGAUUGCAGCCACUCCAUCCUUCACAUGUCCCUCUCAAUGCACAAGUUGCAAUCAAACCACUAAGACCUGUAACUCAUGCAAACCAGGUUAUUAUGGAAGUAUCUGUAGUUUUACAUGUCCAAGCAAUUGUGCCACAUGUACGAAUGGUACUUUCUGUCUUACGUGUGCGUCCAAUGCCACAACACCACCUCUAUGUGCUCCAAAAUGUACAUCCUGUGUGAAUGGUGUUUGUGUCGAUUCGGAGUUGGAUGUUCGUCAUGCUCCUCUCCCUAUCAAUGCACAAGUUGUAAAAACGGCUGGUAUGGACUUACAUGUUCCUCACCAUGCGUUGCAAAUUGUCUCACUUUGUAGCAAUAGUGUGAGUUGUUCAUUGUGUGCUCCUGGAUAUUACGGCCCAACUUGCAGUAGCGUUGGAUAUUCUACGAAUCGUAAUGUAUACACGUAUCCAAUUCCACCUAACACAGCCGGUAUUAUAAGUGCUGGCUACGCUUAUUGCAAAGUUGAAAAAAUUGCUUAUGACAAUGAUCGUUUACUCAUCAUUGGAGACGUAGGAAAGACCUUGUUAACAAAAGACUCUUCCUCAUCUUCUUUCGUACAAAUUUCGAAUGCAUCCUUUGCUCCUUAUACGUUUACAAAUGUUGAUAUUUACAGCUCAAAUGGAAUUAUUACCACGUCUACUCCAUCCAUUGUUUUUCAGUUUGGAAACACUCCAAGUAUUCCAUUCAAGUAUUCAACUGUUCCAGUACCUUUUAACACGACUCUACCUGAAGUGAUCGUGGAUGUAGCAAUCGAUAACUAUUACAGUUUUUAUUUGACAGCAUCUGGUAGACUCUAUGUUUAUGGUGAUAUGAACGGUUUUUACACUUCUGGACUCUGCAUACAUUCAGGAAUUCAAGGAAGAGCAGUAUUUACCAACCUCACAGAAAUUGUUUUUCCAAACAAUGAUCGAAUUAAGGUCUUUGACUGUCGCCAACAAAUCUGCUUUGCAUACAGUUACUCUGGAAAACUUUACGGAUGGGGAUUUGUAUCAAAGAGGUAUUACGGAAUUAACAACAAUCUGUGUGAAAUGCAACCAAUUCUACUAGAUAUAUCUUCUUUUAAUGGAGAUGAAAUAACUUCUAUUGCUGCUAACAGUAAUUACUACUCCAUGUUUUUAACCAAAAAUGGAAGAAUAUUCUUCUCCGGUAUUGACAAUUCCUUUUCAUACACUCUUUCACGUCCUUCAGAACUGUUCACUUCUCCUUCUGGGGAACCAUUUGUUGUGAUCAAUACCUUUCCAAGCGGCUCGUUUUAUUCUUUAGUGACCAGAAGUAGAAAACUCUAUGUGCUGGGAACAGAUUCCUAUAUUUCCCAAAUGACUGGUGCAUCUCGAAUCGUUAUGUACUAUGUUUCAGGCUACGAUGGCUAUCUAGUUUAUGGAAAGUAUCUCAUCUCCCAAACAAGCUGCUUUGGUAUUUAUGACUUUGAUCCAACUGUAUGCAGUGGAAAUGGCAAAUGUGCUAACACUGAUCUUUGUGCUUGUAAUUCCAAUUAUUCUGGACAACUUUGCGAUAAACCUGUAUGCUUUGGAUUACCGUCCGACGAUCAAAGAGUGUGCUCAGGAAAAGGUCAAUGUGUGGCUCCAAAUGUGUGCUCCUGCCAGCCACAAUUCACAGGAACCCAAUGUGAACUAUUCUCCUCUCCUUCAUGUUCCAAUCUCUCUUCAGUGCCAUAUCAAUGUCAAGGAUGUGCCGAUGGAAGUUAUAACACAGCCAACAUGUGUAGAGAUAAGUGUCCAGUGAAUUGUCUUUCAUGCAACUCAAGUACUACCUGUCAACAAUGUAAAUAUGGCUAUUCGGGAAGUUUAUGUUCGCCUGCAUGUCCUGACAAUUGUAGAGCAUGCAGCAGUGUGGAAAGUUGUAGCCUCUGUUACGAUGGCUUUUAUGUUUCUAAUAAUGGAGACAAGUGUGAAAGAUGUCCAGAGAAUUGUAACACCUGUCAAAAUAAUCAAACCUGUACAUCGUGCAAGCAAGGAUGGACUGGAGCGACAUGUACCACUCCUAUUUGUCUUCGAAAUUGCAAAACAUGUACCGAUUCUCAAAAUUGUACCUCGUGUAUUGAUGGAUUUAAGGGAGAUCAAUGUUUUACACCAUGUCCUAUUAAUUGUGAUUCAUGCAAUUCUACUCAAUGCAUUCGUUGUAAAGAUGGAUUUUAUGGUAAUAAUUGUCAGUAUAGAGAGGAACGAUGUGACUCUUUAUCCUUCAAUAUGUUCCCAACCAUGAGUUCCAAAGAUGUUGGAAAUGAUCAGAUUGAAUACACCAUUAGUGUUUCCAAAUUUUUCCAACCCGAUAUGAAGAACACAUCACUGAGAGUAGCCUUAAUGAAUAUUCGGAAUUGUUCAACCCAAAAUGUUCCAUAUCAGAGUGAAAUUUCAAUUGUGACAACGAAUGAAACAAAUUGUGAAUGGAUCUAUUCAUUUAGAGUGGACAUUUCCUCCAUGAUUAGCACUCCACUAGUCACUAAAAAACUUGAUGCCUCUGGAAAUAUUUAUACUUUGACCAUUCCAUUUUAUGUGGCAUUUGAAAAACCACAGGAAACACCUGGAACGUGCAGUAUUGUGAAUUACAAUAUUAAUCAUGAAAUCAAGAUCAUUCUCGACUCACAUCAAUACAUUGAAAUGGGUUACACCGCAGAGAAUUUGACAUCAGUGACCUAUCGCCGAGAUGUGAUCUCAAUUCAAAACAAAACCCUAACUGUUGAAGGAAGACUAUUCAUUUCCAAUGGAGAUUUAACACGAGUGACAUUUGUAGGAUCCACACCAAUUCGUGAUUAUGGCUUUUAUGCAACCUUUUAUCAAGUUAAAACAGGUGAAUAUUAUCUUGCAUUGACAUCGACCAAAGCUGUCACCGUAGUGUCAGGUACUUUUAGAUUCAAUAUUCAAGUGACCAUUAAUGGAACUGAUGUCACUCUUGAUCUGGUUCUUGAUCUUCAAUAUUACAUGCCCUAUGAUCCUCCAUCUACGAAUUUACAACUCACAACUCGACUCUCCUUGUACGGCGAUCAGUUCCAACACUCGAAAAUGUCCUUUUCUACCUCAGAGUCACCCAAUGUUUUAGUUCAACUUGUCUCAGCAUCGAGUAAUGUCAUUCCAAACGGAGUAGGCAUCACUCUUAAAAACGCUUAUUUAUGUUGCAUGAAGAGUGGAUAUCGCAUGCCUCCGUUUGAUUUGAGUUCAGGACAAUUAGGAUGUACUGUUUCCAAUAGUACCACUAUGAAUGCAUGGUUCAGAAUUGUUGACAAUCAUUUGCCAGUUUCUGCACACAACACUCGACUUGUCUCAUUCCCAAAUGUUAAUUUCCAAAUCGGAUUGACCUUCACACCAGCACCUUCAUCGAUUCCAGUCGGUACUCAUACGUGUUUCAUUCAUACAGAAUCUCAAUUAGUAAUCACUGCUGCCCGAUCAUUGGAAAGAUCGACUCGUGAGUCAGCAAGUUCACAACUUCAUAGUUAUGAAGUGAUUCAAUUCACACAAAAAGAAGUGAUUAUUCCUGGAACGAGCUCCAAUUCGACUCGUCCUGUAAGCAGUCAUGUGAAUGGAACUUCACAGAAUUGUGUUGCUGUUGUAAUGCUUCUCUUUGUGUCAUUGGUGACGAUGCUGAGUAGUCUUUUGUAA